AUGUUGCAUGCAACAAAUUUAGCACACUCCCGUCCGUGGUUGUCUGUUUUGUUUCGUGUAUGCAAUAAGAGAGGGCAUGAGGUAUUUUCACUGACUGGCCCAAUGUUUUACGUUUUCUACGUGAACGAGGGUUCUCUUCAAGCUUUAGAAGUGUCUGUUGUACUUGGCUCGGUUCAUAAACUGCAAUGUGUUAUAGAAGAAGUAACUCAGGUCCCUGUUGCAGAACAAGCACUGCUUGUUUCUGGAGGAGAAGGGUUGCAGUCGGAAAAGCAGGUGUCAUAUUAUCAAGGAGCUGGUACGGAGUCAAAUCCACUGUUCCUGUUCCGUAAAUUAUAUAAAGAAGAUAGUCAAUGUACUGAGCUAACAAAUAGUGAUGAAUUGUGUACAUUAUGCGCAGGUUUGUAUGAUGAGUUACGUGUUCUUGAUAAUGCAACAAUAUCAAGGCCGCUAAUUACGCGCUACUGUGAUGCUGGACGCCUAGGAUUAAAAGUUGCUGAAAGAAGCUUGCAGCUUUGUGCACGUUUAGUUCAAGAUCAUCAACUUUUGCAUCAGGGAUGGUUGGCGUUAAUAUCUAAUCUUUAUGAUUCACGAACUCAAAUCGAGAAGAAAUCGGAACGUUUUCUAUCUCGCUAUGAACGUUUAAAAACAAUGAAAAUUAAAGCUGAAACCUUAUUGCAAGAUUUCGAUAACGUGCUUCAUACUUUGCAACAAAUCAAAAUUCCCUCAGCUUUGUUGUCAAAUUCACACAAAUUGCAAGGAUCAUCGAAGGCUAUUGAAGAAUGCACACUAUACGAGUAUAUUGCUCGUGCUGAUCCACAAAAUUCGUUAGAGGAGAUGUCAGAACAAGUCAAUAUGCUCUUGUCUAAGACUAGCGAUACCGAAUAUAAACAGGUGGUAUCUAAUAUGAGGUAUGUCAGUGAGAAAGUUAGUAAUCCUGAAAUGCGUAAUAUUCGUGGUAUAAAUACUCGCCUUACGCAGCUGGAUGCAAUGUUCCACAGUAAAGAACAAGAAACAAAAGUGCUGAAAGAUUUAUGUUUUGCCGUGUCGCAACCGGUUGUUAAUCCUCAGUCUACCAGGGAUGUUGUGUUGAAUCAGCGGGAAAAAAUGUUGGAAGUCAGAAAGCUAAUUGAACAGAUGCAGAAAAUGGGGAAAGCUUUUCAGCAAUCCAAAAUCGAGUUGCUAAACAAUAUUAGAACGAGACUUCGAGGAUGGAUAUUGCAGGUCUACGAUAGAUUACAUGCCACGAACAAUCAGAUAAUUUUAUUUGAAGAAAAAUAUAUCGCUUUGCGGAACCGACUUGACAUCAUCCGGCAAGUGAAGGAAAGUCCAAUAAUGUUUGCCACGGCACUCACCGAAUGUCUCCGCCGAAGUGUACUGCAACCGGAAUUUGAAUCGUGGUUUGCUUCAUUUAUGGAAAAAAGUGUUGCUUUGGUCACGGAAGAAACAUCCGUACGCGAAGUAUUCAAACAAAAAUUAGGACGGCAUUUUUUAAAACAGUUAUUUCCGGGCAUGUUCGAUAAUUUUCCGAACUUUGCUCCCAGUGGCUUGGCACAUUUCGACCAAAACUUACCUCCCGUAGCUCCAGCGGAUCUGAGGACUUUGAGACAGGCCGUUCCGUGUUUAGCAAAUUUGCUAAGAGUGACAGAUCCCUUUAUUUAUCAGCGACUUUCUGUCAGAGAUCCACGACUUGCAUCUUGUUCACAAAUGACUCCUCCAGUUUUAAAAAGAGAAGAAUCAUUCUACACAACGGAUGCUACAAUUAACGUUGCAAAUUUGAACAAAAACUUUCCGUCUACGCAUUGGUUGAGCGGUGACGAAAAUUUGGAUGCUUUACCUUCAAACGCAACAAUGCUAGCUAAAUCACCACCCUCACGAUUUGGUUCUACGUUGAGUUUGGACAUGGUGGAAGAAUCUCCUGCAAAACCACUUAACUCACUUGCAUCCCUUUUUGAUGCCUCACAUAAUGGGAGUGCUGAAACUGAGGUGGAAAUUGCAAGUAAGACAUACACGAGACUGAGUGUUACAAAAAGUGAACCGAUCGCGAUACCUCAGAAUAAUGCAUCUGUACUUCAGGUCGUUGCGCCAUUAAUGGAAGAAGGAAAUUCAGUGAAGUUAAAAUCAGACAAAUGUAGUCAAUUUGGCACACCUGAGAAUCUUAAGUUACCAGGGAUUGCUGAGGUGUUUGAAAGGUCUCAGUCUGGGAGCCUGAUCUGUUUACGGAAUGAGUUGAAGAGACUUUCACUGCAGUUGAUGCACUUGAAACAAGAACUGAUUCUUGCUGAAAAUCAAGCUAAAGAAUACUCGGAUGAGGCAUUAAAACGAAUAAAUAAUUCGUUAAUUGCGUAUAUUGGAUACAGAGGCACAGUUUUUGUAUCUGAUCAGCGCAGUAAGCUUAUUUGCAAGGAUGCCGCCACUGAGACUGAAUCAAUGGAUAAGCUGGAAGAGUCGUUCUCAAUGAGUGAUGUUGAGGAUGUGUUGGGAAAAGAUGUUCUUGUUUCUGAACUCCGGCAAAUCAUUGAACUUCAGAAGAAGGAAAUUUCACAGAUUCGUGAACAGCAGUUAAGUGCAGAAAAUACUGUUGCUAAAAUGGAAGUCGAAAGAAAUGAUAUGUAUAAAACUUUAGUUGUUGACUACGAGUUAGCACUGGAGCGUAAAGUUUCUUCUCACAAUGAGGAAAUGAAGAGAAAGAAUAAGGAAAUUGAUUCACUGAAAGCAGCGUUACAUAAACUUCGUGAAAGCGUUGUUCACCAGAAUGUUGAAAAUACUGCAAUCGCAGUUGCGAACAAUGAGACCGGAACUAGUUGCGAGAGGGAAUAUAAGGAGAAAUGCACAACUCCUGACGAGGAGAUAAAGGAGAAAUAUUCAUCUGAGUUGAUUGAUGCUCAAGAGGUUAGUUCAGCACCUAACGAUUUAUCCAAAGGAUGUAUCUUGAAGUCUUUUACUGUUAGCCAUGCUGCCACAAGUAUGACGGAAUCCCUAGAAGUGAGGGCUGAAGAAAGAGAUUCGGAAAAAGAUGAGAAUACAGAUGAAGAACUGAAAGCUCAGGCAGAUUCGGAUGAAGAUAUUGCACCAGUUACAGUGAGACCAGCUACUGCUCAAACAACUAUAUCACUGCGGGAGAUGCGAACAAUGAUUACAGUGCAGGGCAUUCACGAGCACUGUGCUGUUUUGAUUGUUUGGAGUGAGCCACAUAGCGCCUACAUAUUGUUUAGUGUUUCUCCAACAUUUCACUUUGUCAAAGAAAGCAGUUUGAAACGCAUGGGAGUAAAGUGGGACCGGCAGUCAGCGGCCGUCGCUGCGGUUGGUCAACGUCCUAACUGGCUAAUGGCAGUAACUACUCGCCUGGAAUUAUGCAAAAUACGUAAAACGGAUAAUCGUUACAAUUUGAAAGUCGGAACGAAAUUUUAUCGGGUGGAGGUGGAACCAUUGCAGAUGGACUCGUCGGGUAUUCGACGAGUAGAGUUGUUUCUUUAA